UAUUUCAUACAGCUCUCUAUCAAAGGAGGAUUGUACUUUGCUGAGGUACUUUUUUUCUUUGAGCUUAGAUCAGACCACAAUACACAAAUGCUCAAACCUCUCACUCUUGUUUCUCUGUACUCCACUCCAGACCGGACCCUUUUGCAAGAGUUGAACGACACAUUUUACACCUGCAAGCAUCAAGGGGAAGCAGGGCUAAGGGUAGUUCAGGUGACAACUUUCUUGUCUGUUGUGUCAAUGAUUCCACACAUGCUAGCAGGAGAGGAAAGAUUUUGUAUGUUUGAGAAGCCUGGGAUGGAUCUUGCAAAUCUAGGAGGGAUCCUUUGGGAUGGGGGUGACAAGGAUAAUCAACCUACCUAG